GGGGGUCCUAUCACUGCUCCUGAAUUCAUUCCUGACCCCCGAUAUUUCAGGGGUGCAGCAACUCAAGCCGCUUUUAGUUAUUCCCCCGGGGCACACAGGGUUAACAGCUUUACACUGACACAUUAACCCUUUAUGGAGUCUCCAAACUGCUGCUCAGGCGCAAGGCUGUUGUGCACAAGGGGUUAAGCCCCCAGGGAUAAGAAGACCAGGCACGUGCCUCUGGCUCCCAGCACAUCAGGGGUUAACCCCUCCCCUCAGCUGCCUGCUCCUCUGGGGGGAGUCUUGUCUCCUGGGGGGAGUAGUGUGCACCCCCAAAUUGCUGUGUCCCAGGCUGCCAGUCCUCUAAAGUUCCCCCAGAAGCAGAAGCAACAACUGAAGCAGCAGCAGCAGCAGCAGCAGCAAGAGAAGCAGCAAUUUCUUCUCCCACCACAGAGGGGGGCAGCAUGAGUCUCAGUCCCACACUCUUAUCUUCCCAGGCAGCAGUCGGCUCAGCAAAGUUCUGCCCAAAACUUCCAUCUCACAGCCCAGCCACUGCUCUUCCCUGAGGGAUGGGGGCCUGAUCUGCACCCCUGCACCUCCCAGCAAUGCUUAACCCUUAACUGCUCCUCAUUCUUACGCCUGGGGGGCUACACUGACGCCCGAAAAUCCCCCCAAACCUGGACAGCAGGGCCUGAAUCCCUCCGGACAGUGGCUCAACACACAGUAAUUUUAAUGAAUUCAGAAGCAACUGACCAGUGACUCGUGGCCACCAGGACUGGUUUCCUUCAGAAUCUUGACUGUGGUUCCUGGCAAAUUGGGAAAGGUUCUGAGGGGGUUAUGCCAUCAACCUCUGAAGUUCUGACCGGCGUGGUAGGAGAUCACCUCAACGACGAGUGGAAGGAGGACCACUUCAUAAGGAUGUCUUCCAAGCAAGCCGCCUCUCCAUUCACUUGUAAAGCGGAAGGAGAGGAAGAGAUGACUGGGGAUUUAGCAUCACGAGAAAUGAAUGAAUGUAAAGAUCAGAUCAUGGCCUCCCACCUGCCCCUGCACCCCCUGAAUCACAACAAACCUCUCUCAGAGGAGCUACCGUCACUUGUCACUACCCUACCGGCUGAUGUUGACUGGGACAGCAUGAUCUCUUCCCAACACAGAAUGGACUCAGAGAGCAAUAAACUCCGUUCCCUGUACUCCUUCCGAACCACGUCUACCUCACCCCACAAGCCUGACGAAGGGGCUCGCGAGCGCAGUGACCUCAUGAGCGCCGUUAAUUUCGGGACGCCCGAGCGGAGGAAGGGGAGUUUGGCGGAUGUGGUGGAUACACUGAAACAGAAGAAACUGGAGGAAAUGACCCGAUCUGAGCAGGAGGAUUCUACUUGCGUGGAGAAAAUUCUCUCCAAGGACUGGAAAGACAAAAUGGAUCGUCUGAACACCAGUGAGCUUCUCGGGGAGAUUAAAGGCACCCCGGAGAGCUUAGCAGAGAAAGAGCGUCAGCUUUCCACCAUGAUCACCCAACUCAUCAGCCUCCGAGAGCAACUCCUGGCAGCCCACGAUGAACAGAAGAAACUGGCGGCUUCACAGAUUGAGAAACAGAGGCAACAAAUGGAUCUGGCGAGGCAACAGCAGGAACAGAUCGCAAGACAACAGCAGCAACUCCUGCAGCAGCAGCACAAGAUCAACCUCCUGCAGCAACAAAUUCAGGUUCAGGGGCACAUGCCCCCCCUAAUGAUCCCGAUAUUCCCACACGACCAGCGCACGUUGGCAGCAGCAGCGGCUGCACAGCAGGGAUUCCUCUUCCCCCCGGGACUUUCCUACAAACCAGGUGAUAACUACCCCAUGCAGUUCAUUCCAUCUACAAUGGCAGCCGCCGCCGCUUCUGGGCUCAGUCCGUUGCAACUGCAGCAACUGUACGCAGCCCAACUGGCCACCAUGCAACUGUCUCCUGGUGCCAAAAUGCCCACGACCCCACAGCCCGCAAAUGCCACCGGAGCUCUGUCACCCACGGGCAUGAAAAGUGAAAAAAGAGGGACCAGCCCAGUAGCACAGAUCAAGGACGAAGCAGCGCAGCCUCUGAAUUUAUCUGCCCGACCGAAAACUGCCGACCCCGUCAAAUCUCCCACGUCCCCCACCCAAAACUUCUUCCCAGUCAGCAAAAGCAGCCCAGUGAGUCUGACCAACAAGAGCGGAAUCCCCAGUCCCAUACGGGGACCUUCCCUAGACAUCCUUUCUAGUCUUAAUUCACCUGCCCUGUUUGGGGACCAGGACACAGUCAUGAAAGCCAUCCAGGAGGCUCGACGAAUGAGAGAACAGAUUCAGAGAGAGCAGCUGCACCCGCCCCACGGGCUCGACGGGAAACUGAACCUAAAUAAUAUGGGACUGAACAACUGCAGAGGCGAUAAGGUGCUGGUAGAUGCCUUCACUGGGAAGAUUUGCAUUAGGAGUGCACACACAGAGAGAACACACUAUGAAAAUCUGGGCCCCCAGUUAUCCGGGAAACCCAACGAGGAAGGGAAAUUGGGGCCUGGAGUCAUCGAUCUCACAAGACCUGAAGAUGUUGAGGGAGGCGCCACUGUGGUCGAGGCUCGAGUCUACAGGGACUCACGGGGUAGAAGUAGCAGUGAACCUCAUAUAAAGCGACCAAUGAAUGCUUUCAUGGUUUGGGCAAAGGACGAGAGAAGGAAAAUUCUCCAGGCUUUCCCGGACAUGCACAACUCCAACAUUAGUAAAAUUUUAGGUUCCCGUUGGAAAUCCAUGUCUAACCAGGAGAAGCAACCAUACUAUGAAGAACAAGCUCGACUAAGCAAAAUUCACCUUGAGAAAUACCCCAACUACAAGUACAAACCCCGGCCGAAACGUACCUGUAUUGUCGAUGGCAAAAAGCUCCGUAUUGGAGAGUACAAGCAGUUGAUGAGGUCUCGAAGACAGGAGAUGAGGCAGUUCUUUACUGUUGGGCAACAGCCUCAGAUACCAAUUAGCACAGCAACUGGCGUUGUGUAUCCCGGCGCCAUUUCCAUGACAACAACGACACCAUCACCUCAGAUGACAUCAGAUUGCUCCAGCACGUCCGCCAGCCCCGAGCCCAGCAUCCCUGUCAUACAGAGCACAUACGGCAUGAAGCUGGACAGUGGAAGCCUUGGUGGCAAUGACCUGAUGAACGGAGAAGAUGAAAUGGAAAUGUAUGAUGACUUUGAGGAUGAUCCCAAAUCAGACUAUAGCAGUGAAAACGAAGCCAAUGAGGCUGUUAGUGCCAACUGAGGAAUGUUAAUGGACACUCGGUGUAAACAAAGAGGAAAAAAAAAUAACUCUUGACUUUCUUGGAGUUCUGAACAAAAGUUCUUAAAAAGCCUGCAUGCAUCUGUGGCUUCCCCAGUUCCAUCAGCAAAAUGGUCUUAAAUAUUUCUUGAUGUGUGAGACACACCAUAGUUUUUCUCAAACUUGCUUUUUUUUUUUUUUUCAAUUUAAAGUGAAGACAUAAAACAAACAAAAAAAAUCAGACGCCAGGACUUGAAAACUCAAACGAACCCAUAGCCGUCUUCUAAGUCUUACAUUUUUUAGCGUGUUUUCCUUCUUUUGGAUGCUGGUAGAUUGUUAAGUUACAUUUUUUUGUUGUUGUUUUUAAGGUGGGGGUUAUUCAGUCUCACUCAGGUAUGCUGUGCCAGCCAACAGGUUGUGAAUGUGUUUUUAUGAUGAAUUUCAUUAGAAGAUAGAUUUGUACACAUUGUGAAACGUAACGCAUCUGCACGUAAAUCGUAAAAAGAAGCGCAGAGCGUCUCCCGACCGGCCCCAGCGAUCGCGUGUUGAAACUGUUAAUGUGCCAAACAUUUCACUGUUGUUAAACCUGAGCAUCUGACGUCUUAAGGAAAGACUCUUAAAGGCCUGAAAAUAUUGCAUCGCCUAAGACCACGAAGUGGCCCUGCACAAGGAGGAGUAGCAGUUACUAAGUCAUAAACGCCUCUUUGAUUCUGACAGCAAAAUAACGGCAAAACAAAUAUAUUUAGGACUCUGUAGGAACGAUCCAUGGUUUCUUGAGGGUUCAUGUUGAAAUGGUAAAUUUGGGGCAACUCAGCACAACUAACAGACGACAACUUGUACAAUUUGGUGAUUAGUUGCCUUCUUUUGUGUUGAAACCCCUUACGUUCAGUCUUAACCCAUUUACCCUUAAUUCAAUGUUGUUCAUUCCAGAAUGCCAAGGGUCCAGGUGCAUGAUCCAUUUGAAAUCCUGCUCCAAAAACUUAAUACAUCACUGCCCAUUGCCUUACAGGACCAGCCAACAUCAAUUGGUUCCCUAAAGGUGUAGUGUCAGUGAGCCUGUGAGGGAAAUAUUUUUGUGUACAAUUUCUUUGAUUUGGAACAUAUUUAUUAUAUAUGAAUGAAGUAUGCGGCCUUAGCCUUUUAGGUGUUUCCAAUUUAUAAUCCAAUUUUAGAACCUGCACAAAAGGGAUGGGGAUUAGGAAUAUGUUUGUGAUGUUCUUCACUAUUGGGUUCUGUUUUCAUUUUGAUCAACUGCAUUACAGACCAAAGCCUUAGAAACCCAUUAAUUUCCAGUAGAGCGGACGUUUCUUGUCAUAAUAGAUGGUGGGGACUGAAACAGAGUAUGUGCAUUAGCCCCUGACGCAACUGAUGCCCUGCCCUAGUGCAGUAUGGGUGCCAACAUUGCCCUAACAAAAUUCUAUGAACAGCCGAGACAUGGCACCCUGGUGAUUUAGGCCCCUCAACAGGAGAUUGGAACAUUGCAGGUUACCUUUCACAAGGGUUUUCCCUCUGAAGCUCUUUGGUACAGGUGUAAAUAACAAUAUUAAUGUUAGAAUCUGGUCUUUACUAGAAUUUUUACAAUACAGGGGAACUCUAAAAUCAAGGGCGGCAUAGAGUAGAGGCAUUUUGAUGUUGAGGUUUUAAGGUGUUUUAUACCCAACAUAGGGAAAACUUGACAAAUGUUGAGUAUGAUAAGUAAAUGUCCUUGGCUUGACACCGCUCUAUAAAGCAGAUUACUGCCUCUAAAUAACCCAUAGUCUUAGUUCCAGUUUUGUGUGAAUUUAAGCCAAAUAAAAGGGUUAACAAUGUGCCAAAUUUGGAUUUGCUGGGUAUAAAAAGGGGCGUAUAGGACAUCUAGAAGAAUCACUUGAGAUUUGCAAGAAGAAGUCUUUUUGUUGCUUCUAUGACUUAGACUUUAAUUUCUCUUCUCCAUGUCUCUAAUAAUGGCCAUAGACUAGAUCUCAUUGGUCUGUGUUGGGGCAAACUGGGUGGGAAAUGUGAUUCAGCAGCAGACUAGUCAACAAUCAUCUUGCCCCUCCACAUAAAUAUCCAGAGUCUUAAGUACAUGGCUAGAAUUAGAAAGGCGUUUUUUUGUAGCACAUGACACCAAACUCCUCUGCCUGGCCCUUGAGUGGGCUGCAAUGAUGUUGUUCUUGAAUGUUUGUUUCACUAAGGGGAAUAUUUAUCAUGGGGUUAAAAACAUAUUCUAAAACAUAUUUCAUUGCAAUGGAGAACAUUUCACACAUUUUCUUCCCCUUUGAGAUAUGCGACUGUUAAUAUCUUUGUGCUCAAUCAAGGCAAAGCCAGAACCAUAGAGAUGAAACAAAUUGGCAAAAUGGCCACCAAGUGAUCAAUCCGGGGGCAGGUAUUCAUACAAAAUGUUCAUGUUUGGUACAACGGGUCUUUCAAUAAUAUUUCAGGAUACUAUUCUUUCAUUUAAUUUUCACAAAAAUAGUAUUAAAAUACGAUUUUAGAUCCAAUUGAAUAUUCAUUGUAUUUAAAAUGCAAUUUUGUUUUGUAAUUUCUUAAAAUAUUUUUGACACCAGUUAUUUUAUAACUUUUCUGUUGCAGUUCAUGGGUUUUUUUUUUUUUGGUCUUUUUUUUCCCUGCGACCAUUGGGGGAAAGAAAAAUAUUUCACACAGGCUGGCGAAGAACAAAAGGACUUUUCUUUAAUAGUGAAACUUGAUUUUGCUUGUACUUCAGAAACACACGCACCCACCGACGCUGUUUCUCUAAGUGUUAUGAGCACUGGAUAUAAAUGGUAUUUUUUAUCACUUCUGACUAAUGUGAAACUGUUGUACGAAAACUAAAUGAACAAAAAGUCAUCUGUUUGGGCUUGUGUGGGCAAGCCUUGCAGUUGUCAGAUCGGAGUCAUUUCUUUAUGUAUUUUUAUCUCAUUUAUUUAUGCAAAAUUAUGUGUUUAAAAUCCUUUGUUUGAGCUCCAACCAUGCGCCACCCUUAAUUCGUUAUGCAAACUUCUUAUUAAAUAUAUAUAUAGAUCAGAAAUUGGCUGAUAAUUCUGCACACUGUAAUGAGAGCCAAUGGGAUAAAUAUUAAACUAAAGAAAAAUAUGUUUUCAAAAAUAUUAACAAAUCACGAGUAAAAUCUAUUUAUUAGCCGGCGCCGGCUCUAAAAUACAAAUAUUUAGUGACAAUCAAAAGGUCCUGGAGCUUACAACAAAGUGACGAGCUUACACAUUUCAUUUUGUAGAUUGUUUUAAUUGUGUAAAUAUAACAUAGGAAAUAGAUUUUAUUUUUCAUUCAUGGGAUACUUGUUGAAGUAUACAGUAACUUAUAUAUUUGCUUAUUGCUUCUCUAGUAGAAUCUAUUG